UGCUAGUACUUAACUAGUAGCAGCAGCAAGCUUCAUCCUACACCACCAAACUAGGGUAGCAGCAGUAGGCCAGCGUAGCCAAAAACAGCACCAGCAACUGUAGCUGCUCGUCACUCCCUCCGAUAAAAGCGAGGGUGGGUAAAAAAAGAAAACAAUAAAGAAUCAGAAAAAGAAACAAGAAAAUAAAUAAAAAAGUGAGCUGCUGCUCCUCUCAGCUCUCUCGCCGCAUCGACACAUCAAAAUAGUAAAGGGAGGGAGAGAGGGGAGGGGAGAUCAGAGAGAUCACUUUCAUCAUCAUCAACUUCCAUUAAAAAAUAAAAUAAAAUAAGAAACAGCAGCAGCAGCUGCAGCAGGAUUUAUGGGGGUUGGAGCUUUGCAGAGUUCGUACGGGCUCCCCUCGCUUUUGACCACCCGGCCCUUUUGGCAUCGCUCACGUAGCUGCUAAUUUGCUUGCCACUUCUCUCAACACCAACGAAACAAAGACCAAACGCUGUUUUUUGCCCCCUCUUCUUGAGUUAGCGAUGAUGGGGAUCGAUUUGAAUACGAUCGAAGGCGAGGAGGAGGAGGAAUCGGAGGAGGAGGAAUCGGAGGCGGAGGAGACGCCGGCGGUGUGCUUGGAGCUCUGGCACGCGUGCGCCGGGCCGCUGAUCUCGCUGCCGAAGAAAGGGAGCGUUGUUGUUUAUUUGCCGCAAGGGCAUCUCGAGCAUUUGGGGGUCUCUGCUGCUGAUCAGGGUUUUAGAUGCAAUGUGCCUCCUCAUGUCUUUUGCCGCGUCGUCGAUGUCAAGCUCCAUGCGGAUGUGGCUUUUGCUCGGCUGUCUCUGGUUGCUCAAGGCGAGGAGAUUGAGCAGCAGGUGGGAGUGGGGGAGUUUGAAGGAGAUGGGGAACCUGAGGAGAUUAAUGGUGAGAGUAGGACGUCGUUGAUGCCGCAUAUGUUCUGCAAGACUCUCACUGCUUCGGAUACGAGCACUCAUGGAGGGUUCUCUGUUCCUCGACGAGCCGCUGAAGAUUGUUUCCCUCCAUUGGAUUAUAAGCAGCAGAGGCCCUCGCAAGAGCUUGUGGCCAAGGACUUGCACGGCACAGAAUGGAGGUUUCGGCAUAUUUAUCGAGGUCAACCACGCAGACACCUUCUAACUACAGGAUGGAGUGCAUUUGUUAACAAGAAGAAGCUCAUCUCAGGCGAUGCUGUGCUUUUUCUUAGAGGCAAUAAUGGGGAGCUCAGAUUGGGAGUCCGGAGAGCUGCACAGCUUAAGAGUGCUAUACCGUAUUCCGUACUCUGUAGCCAGAACAUGAAUCUGGGUAAAUUGGCCGCUGUAGCUGAUUCCAUCUCUUUGAAACGUGUGUUCCACAUCUACUAUAACCCAAGGGCAAGCCCAUCAGAGUUCAUAAUACCAUAUUGGAAGUUUACAAAGAGCUUGAAUUACUCCUUUAGUAGUGGUACACGGUUCAAAAUGCGAUUUGAAAGUGAAGAUGCAGCAGAGAGAAGGUAUACUGGAUGGGUAUCUGGAAUCGGCGACAUAGACCCUGUUAGGUGGCCAGGUUCAAAAUGGAGGUGUCUUCUGGUUAGAUGGGAUGAUGAUGUGGAUACAAGUAGACAGAAUAGGUUAUCUCCUUGGGAGAUCGAGCCGACUGGUUCAGUUUCAGGAUCAGCCAGUUUGGCAGCAUCUGGUUCUAAAAGAAGUAGAAUCUGUCCAUCUUCAUCCAAUCCUGAUUACUCAGUUCCAAAUGGAAGUGGGUGUAUAGACUUAGGGGAAUCAGCAAGAUUCCACAAGGUCUUGCAAGGUCAAGAAAUUUUCGGUUUUAGAGCUCCUUAUGGUGGUAUUGUUGUACCCAGUUCUCAGAUUCCUGAGAUACGAAAUCAUCAAUAUCCUGAAACAAGGAGAUGCACCACUGAUGUGAACUAUAAUAACUUAUCUGGCUCUGGAAGUGGUGCGAGAGUUCCAAUUGGGAAUUCUGGGUUCUCAUACAAUCGCCUAGGCUUUGGUGAAUCUGUCAGAUUCCAUAAGGUCUUGCAAGGUCAAGAAAAAUUUUCAGUAAAUCCACCAGGUCAUGGAGGUCUGAUUGACUCUUGUGUAAAAAAUUGUGGAUUUGGGUUUUUUGAUGGAAGAGGGAAUGGACAAAUUCAGGGAUAUAGCAUCCUUGUACCCCCAUCUACACCUUCAGUUCAAGUGUCUUCCCCUUCUUCUGUCCUAAUGUUUCAACAAACUUCUCAGCUCCCAUGCCCUCAACCAGUUUAUGGAUCACAUACUCAGGAUAAAGGUGGGGAUGACAAUUAUCUCGGUGUCUCAUACUUUUCAAAGUUUCGAAGUGCAAAGGAUGCAUCCUCGCACUGCUAUACUCGUAACAUGGGAAAUGAACUCAACAAAAAGCAACAUGAACCGGAGAAAAGCUAUGCAAAGAGUGAACAUGCUAUUGGUAGAAAUGGCUGCAAGCUUUUUGGUUUUCCCUUGACUGAGAUGAUUCCAGUAGUGGACAUAGUGGAUGACACUUUAUCUGCAUCUCCUAACGCAACUGAAAUGAACUAUGAAACUUCUUCUCCACGCUUAAAUCCUCACAUGCUGGACAAUUCUGUUGGGCGUAGCUGUACGAAACUUAUACUGCAGGUGCACAAGCAAGGGAGUGUUGUAGUAAGAGCCAUUGAUCUCUCAAAGUUUGAUGGCUAUAAUGGUCUAAUAUGUGAGCUGGAGCGUUUGUUUGAUAUGGAGGGGCUUUUGAAUGAUAAACAGAAGAAAUGGCAUGUUGUCUACACUGAUGAUGACAAUGAUAUGAUGCUUGUUGGGGAUGAUCCUUGGCAGGAUUUUUGCAAUACUGCAUCAAGGAUUUUGAUAUACACUCAAGAUGAAAAAGAAUUGAUGGCAUGCUCUUAGUUGUGAAACAGCAUUUUCCCUUGAUGUUAAAAGGGUUAACUUUAUAUUCAGAUUUCUAAGACUUCCACCUUACAAUAUUGUAACUAUGCUGCUGAGAAACACUUGACUGUGUUCUGUUAUCCUAUGCUUUCAUUGUCUACGCCGGAACUUGGUAGAAGAUGUUGAACUCUUGAUUGCUUCCUUACUAUAAAGUUGGGUUGACAGUAUGUUAAAACUGCUUAACUGUAUUAGUUCAUGUGAAACUUGUGGUAUCGAGUGAAGUAGAAGAUUUGUAGGAAAUCUUCAGUUGAUUGAGUACCGACUGAAGAAACUAGUCAGAUGUUUUUUUUUCCUUGCCCAACAUAGAUAAUUUUGAUGUAGGUUUUCUGAUCGUUUUGAGCAGUCGAGAAAAGAAGUGAGCAUUUCCAUA